UACCUCUCAUUUGAGCAGUAUUCUCGGCCAAAAAUCCCACCUAGAGAUGUUUCAUGGGAAACCUCAGAUGAAGAAAGCACCACGAGCUCAUCAAAAUCGAUGCGGUACCGACAGCCACCAAAGCAGCAACGUUCAGUCCCGUCACAUGGCAUAGCCUUCGGUAUAACCCCGUCGCGUGCGAAAAAGAACGAUAACCCUUCGGAAGCAAUAUUGGCCGAAUUAGAGGCCCUCAGAACGGAGAAUGAACAACUACGACGGAGGGCUAUUGGAACACCCGCUCCUACUCAGCUCGCGGUACCUGCGUAUACCGGCAAAGUCUUCCACAUACUUCAAGGAAAGGUGUAUCUGGACGCGCCACGUUGGGAUUCUGACGCUGGAGGAUCUCACGUCGUGUUGCGGGCCAGCAACCCGGUUCCGAACAUGGGGUACUAUCUAGAGCGACAUCCCGAAAUAGCCUUCGCUAUCGACAAAGGCUAUGACGAGCGUCCACCCGAGGACUUUCGCGAGCUCGUCACCACGGACGGUUUGUACCGCUCUCCGAGACCAACGACCCAAUCUCUCUCGCUCAUUGCUCCUGCGAUGCUGGACGCAGUCGACCAGUUGAUCCAGCACAUACCCAGGUUUGACGACUACUUCCCCAACUUCGAUCUUCAGGAGGAAAUUCCGGCACCGUAUAUGUUCAUGUACUACAGCGCACCGUUUAUAUCUGAACUAUUACCUAGACUCGACAUACUCAGUCAAGACCUAAUCAGACAACUGAAAGCGACUAUCGAGCAGAGUCACGGCAGCGAGUACGAAUCAGCGAAGCUGAAAGCAGAGCAGGGAAGGGUGACGCACAAUCACCUUCAUUAUCUGUUUCGUCCUGGGGACGUUCUCGUCAGCAACGGUGCGGAUGGCCACGCUCCUCAGGCAUACAUUGCUACAGGCUGGGUCCAACGUCGGGCGGCUGGCUCCGGCAACAAACAAAAGAAGUCGUCCUCAAAGCACGGGGACCGUACCAACGGUGGACCCAGUCGCAAAUCAACUCAAUAUAUCUGGGACAUUCCAGUGUGGUACUGGGAUUUCGACGGCAGCUUUGCGAAACACCAAACCCGUAUAGAUAUUGUCAUGUCUCUGGGUUACGAAGAGGAUUCGAUCCGAAUCAGGGAUCUCAACAUUUACCCCAUCCGAUAUGCGGACGAAGAGAUUAGAACGCUGCUCGAGAAGAGGGGCAAGACGUUUUGGUCUCUUCGGCACAGGAAAUUCAUUUCUUACAUGCGCUCUGAGGGAGAUGAGCUUUACAAUAUCGAGGACAGAUAUAUGGUAGACACCGAAGCGUACAAAAUGAUAUGCCCUGAUACGAAGAUCGCACAACAACAUCUCAGAAACGCGUUUGGUGCUGUGGCUAUGGCUCUCGAUGAACCACCUGAAGAACGCGACGUGCUUUUAGUGGUUCCAACAACCAUCAUGGCCCACAAUCUAGAGGAGAAACAAUGGAGUGAGCUUCUCGUCGACCGCAUUACCGAUGUGACAUGGAACAAGCAGGCCUUCAAGGACCUUGUUGCUGAACCAGAGACUAAGGAACUAGUUCAGGCACUGGUCAUGAAGCAACUGAACGCCAAAAGGUCGACUGACUUCGUGGCUGGCAAAGGAAAUGGUCUUAUCAUGCUUUUGCACGGAGCUCCUGGAACUGGCAAAACGUUCACGGCUGAGGGUGUCGCUGAAUUUGCAGAGAAACCGCUGCUUCGUGUGACUUGUGGUGACAUAGGAACAGAUGCUGAGGUUGUCGAUCAGCGACUUCGUGCCACGUUUCGACUUGGGAAGUUGUGGGAUUGCGUUGUGCUUCUAGAUGAGGCGGAUGUGUUUCUCGAAGAGCGUGAUAUGAAAGAUCUCAAAAGAAAUGCCCUAGUAUCUGUAUUUCUCCGCGCACUCGAGUACUACGAUGGCAUUCUGAUACUGACCUCAAACCGCGUUGGCACCUUCGACGAAGCCUUCAAGUCCCGCAUCCAGCUCGCCCUGCAUUACGACAACCUCGGGUUCAUCCAACGUAAGAAGAUCUGGCGCAACUUUAUCGCGCGUAUGAAGUCUCUCGAAGAAUCCUCAACAACAGAUCUCGAGGACAUUCUCGACCAUAUUGAUGAGCUCAGCAAGGAACCUAUGAACGGACGAGAAAUCCGCAACGCGAUCACCAUUGCACGGCAGUUGGCCCAGUUCAGAGAGCAAUGCUUUCAGUAUUCACAUCUUAAGCAUGCUAUCAGCGUGGGAAAUCGAUUCAGCAAGUACCUCAAGGAUCUGAGGAUGAACCUGACGGACGAUAUGAUUAAGCAGGAGGAUGGAAUCAGGCUAGCGCCAGCCGGACUCGAAUGAGAGAUACGAAUGCUUUUCUAAUGGUUGAUUGCGAAGCUGCCUGGUCCUCAGCCUCUCACAAAGUACUUCACAGUAUAGCGAAUGCGCGCUGAGAUACUGCUUGA